AGCGGUCGCGCGGAAACCCUCCCACUGUCUCUGUGCGCGCUCCCACGGACAGCAGUCGCGCUCACGACAUAACAGGAAAUCAGUUACGCUACUAGCGAGCGACGUGAAGAAGCAAAAACUUGUGGGCUAACUCCGCUUACAAAACUUCAGAGUUCAGACUGGUUUACAAAGAGAUCUGAAGGAUGUCGUCAGGUGCUCUCUUUCCAAGCUUGGUGAGUGGCUCCAGGGGAAGCUCCAGUAAGUACCUGGUGGAGUUUCGUGCUGGUAAAAUGACCCUGAAGGGGAAUGUGGUGACACCAGACAAACGCAAGGGCAUGGUGUACAUCCAGCAGUCCGACGACUCCCUGAUUCACUUCUGCUGGAAGGACAGGACAACUGGGAAUGUCGAUGAUGAUCUGAUCAUCUUCCCUGAUGACUGUGAAUUCAAGAGGGUUAACCAGUGCACCACCGGACGUGUCUACGUGCUGAAGUUUAAAGCUGGCUCCAAGAGACUGUUCUUCUGGAUGCAGGAGCCAAAGACGGACAAGGAUGAGGAAUACUGUCGUAAGGUGAACGAGUACCUGAACAACCCCCCCAUUCCUGGAGCACCAGGCAGUGGGGGUGGCAGCGGCCAUGAACUCUCUGCCCUCGGAGGAGAGGGAGGUCUGCAAAACCUGCUGGGAAAUAUGAGCCACAACCAGCUGAUGCAGCUGAUUGGACCAACAGGACUCGGAGGACUGGGCCUGGGAGCUCUAGCUGGACCAGGACUUGCCAACUUGCUGGGCAGCGGAGGACCAGCCACAAGCAGCUCCUCAUCCAGCUCUCGUAGCCAAUCAGCAGCAGCUACUCCUUCAUCAGGCGGAGCCCCCAGACUGAGCUCCUCUCAGGCCCCCACCACCCCUGUGACCCCUGCUGCCUCAGCUGUGUCACCUACUGGUGUUGCUCCCUCUACACCAGCCUCAGCUCAGACUCCUCUGGCCCCGGCCUCAGUUGGAAGUCCUGCCCCCCACCAGCCCAUCCAGCUCAGUGACCUUCAGAGCAUCCUCGCCACCAUGAAUGUCCCAGCGGCAGCUGCUCAAGGAUCAGCAGUGGAUCUAGCGAGUGUUUGCACUCCGGAGAUGAUGGCUCCCAUCCUGACCAAUGCUGAGGUCCAGCAGAGGCUCCUGCCCUUCCUUCCCAGUGGAGAGAGUUUACCUCAGAGCGCAGAGGAGAUCCAGAACACACUCAACUCACCUCAGUUCCAGCAGUCGAUGAGUAUGUUCAGCAGUGCCUUGGCUUCCGGGCAGCUCGGUCCUCUCAUGAGUCAGUUUGGUCUGCCGGCAGAGGCUGUGGACGCCGCCAACAGAGGAGAUGUGGAGGCGUUUGCCAGAGCCAUGCAGGGCAGCAAAGGAGACUCCAAAGAGAAGAAAGAGGACGACGAGGACAUGAGUCUGGAUUAGAGCUCAACCCGCCGAGCCUCACCUGACUCUGUGAUUCCUUCCUCUCCUCUACACUUCAGUACUUUUUCUUUACCUCCCUCUCUUCAGUGUUGUCUUGUACUUUUCUACACCAAAGGCAACACUCUGCUCCUACUCAGGAUGAUCACCAUAGAACCAGCAGAGCUGUAAAGAGACAAGUUAGGACAGUUUUUCCACUGUGACCAACAUGUAAACUGACCUGUUUAUCAGCAGCUGUUUUCUUCAAUUGACCAUUAGUUUUACUCUGAAAAGAGAGAGGCAGUUUUAUAAAAACACAGGGGAAUUGUUGUGGGACUAAGCCUUAAGUUUGAUUUUGUUUUCUUUCUGUAUUUCUGUUCUUACACCAGAUUUGCUGAUUUACUCUUCAUAAUAAAAAUAAUCACUGGCAAAGAACAA